CGGCGGGAUGAGCCCUGCGGAGUGAAGGGAGACCCUGCUAGCCCUGCUGCCCGCUCUUCUCUCCUCUCUCUGGCCCUCUGUCUCGCCCGGCUCCGCUCUGGCUUCAGGCCCCUUCUCUCUGCGCUGCGGCGGGCGGAGGCGGCGGAAGGAGAAGCCCAUGGAGGGGAACCGGGAUGAGGCCGAGAAGUGCAUCGGGAUCGCUCGGGAGGCGUUGGAGGCCGGCAACCGCGACCGUGCCCUCCGUUUCCUUGGCAAGGCCCAGAAGCUCUACCCGACAGAGACAGCCCGAGUUUUGUUGGAAGCUAUUAUGAAGAAUGGAAGCACUGCUGGGGGAGGCGCUUACUGCCGGAAAUCAGCCAGUAGCAAUGAUCAAAGUAAGCCCAAUAGCACGAAGGAGAGCAAUGCAUCUGCUGCAGGUGAAAGUGGAAAAGGCUACACCAAAGACCAAAUGGAAGGAGUAUUCAGUAUAAAGAAAUGUCAAAAUUAUUACGAAGUCCUUGGAGUGUCAAAGGAUGCAGGUGAAGAAGACCUAAAGAAGGCUUAUAGGAAACUUGCUUUGAAAUUCCACCCAGAUAAAAACCAUGCACCUGGAGCAACAGAGGCUUUUAAAAAAAUUGGAAAUGCAUAUGCUGUGCUGAGCAAUCCAGAGAAGCGAAAGCAGUAUGACCUUACAGGCAGUGAAGAGCAAAGCUGCAAUCACCCCAGCAAUGGUAGAUUCAACUUCCAUAGAGGGUGUGAGGCAGAUAUUACUCCAGAGGAUCUAUUCAACAUGUUUUUUGGAGGGGCCUUCCCAACAGGUAGUGUACAUUCAUUUUCUAACGGUCGUGCUGGCUACAGUCAUCCUAAUCAACACCGUCAGAGCGGACAUGAGAGGGAGGAGGAGAGGGGUGAUGGAGGUUUCUCUAUGUUCAUUCAGCUGAUGCCUAUUAUUGUGUUAAUCCUUGUCUCCUUGUUGAGCCAGUUGAUGGUAUCUAACCCUCCUUACGCCUUAUACCCAAGAUCAAGUACAGGGCAAGUCAUACAAAUGCAGACAGAAAACUUGCAUGUCGUUUAUUAUGUCAACAAGGACUUUAGAAAUGAAUACAAAGGAGCAUCACUACAGAAAGUGGAGAAGAGUGUGGAGGAGGAUUAUGUGUCCAACAUUCGUAACAACUGUUGGAAAGAAAGGCAACAAAAAACAGACUUACUUUAUGCAGCAAAAGUAUAUCGAGAUGAGCGCCUCCGAAAGAAAGCGGACUCCAUGCCCAUGGACAACUGCAAAGAGCUGGAGCGGCUGACCAGCCUCUAUCGAGGAGGGUGACCUGCAGCCACACUCCUGCACCUUUACGUACACCGCUGUCUCUCUUGUAAAUUGAGAAGAGAUUGAGUUUCACCAUGAAUGCUGGAAAAGAGGGGUGGAUGUAAAACUCUACUGUGUAGCUGUUUCCAGAAACCUUUUGCUGAAAUAUCAUUUAAUGGCUUCUUUUACCUACUGUGAAAUAUAGGUAACUUUACUUGUCUAGGUUUUACUUCCCAGCUUCCGUGAAUUCUUUCGGCAGAGAGAAUAGCUCAGAAAGGAUGCUAUACUUGUAGAGACUUAGUUAUAGUGGUUCUCCUCUUAACAUAUUUGCCAUGUAAAUAUCUGUGGAAAGAACACUUUGUGUAUAUAUAUAUAAGUUAAAUGACUUUCUAUUUAAAACAAACAAACAAACAAAAGAACUCUCAGAAAUUUAGUUCCCAUCCAACAUUUUGUCUCACCCAUGGAAUAAAUAGUAUGAUUACAUCCCUCCUAUUCAGAUGUCAAGUGUGUGGAGUUGAAAUGGGAAUUUGCUUUGGUUUUUUUUUUUUUUUUGCUAUUUUAUCUCUUAACACUAUGUAAAAAUCUUCUAGGUUUACCAGCUUAGAGGAACUUGUUAUUUUUAAACAGAAUGGCAUAUAUUCCUUAAAUAUCUGUUGGGCUAUCUCGCUCCGGUGUAGAGUAGCAGUUAGCUGUUGUAGUUUUUUAGCAUUUCUAAGAAGCAAUGCUGAGAAAACUGAAGAGCUACCACUUAAUCACUUUUCUUUGCAAGCAAACAUUGGCAAAUGCUGUACAGACCAUGAUAAGCAUUGCUUGUAGUACUUGGCAGCAGUUUACAGCAGCUCUACCAUUUGUUAUUCCAGUAGUAGUCCGUAUGUACGGUUAACAUGCAUCCAUACCUUCCUUCCUUUUCACUAGAAAGGCAGAGGAAAACAUGCAAUAUUUAAAAAAAAAAAAAAAAAGAAGCUAAAAACAUAUA